GUUUUCUAAGUUUACUGCAAUCUCUGCACAGGGGGGAGGGAGACAGUGGGAGACAGAAACAGAUAUUACAAACAUGAGAGCAGGUAGUGUUUAGGGCAAGACUCCUUCCAGCUUCAACAACUGGAUCGGUCCUGUGAUGCCUGUAGCUGUGGCCAGUGGAAUAAGCCCACAGGCUCAGUGAAAGCAGCCAAAGGUAACAAGUGACAGGACAAGAAGAAAUGGCCUCAAGUUGUUCCAGGAAAAAACCUCUUCACAGAAAAGGUGGUCAAGAACUGAAGCAGGCUGUCCACAGAAGUGAUUGAGUCACCAUCCUUGGAGUUUCUUUUGCUUACUUUAAGGAAUUUGGGCCACAGAGAAGAAAAUUGAAUAUGAUGAAGAAUGAAGAAUCAAGUUUUAAUGUGGACAAUACCCGAGCCUCUCCCUUCUCCCGCUGCCUGCAGCCACUCAGCCCUGUUAUAAAGCCACACAGAACAACUCAAUUUGAUGAUGAAUUCAGAACGCACCUCUCACAUUUCCACUAUGGUCCUCCUUCUCUUGAAACCAUGGAAACAUUCCAAGGGUCCUUGGAAGGAGGGUCUCGUAAACGCAAGAGUAUGCCAACAAAAAUGCCUCCUCCCAUCACCCUUGGGGAUUCCUCAUUGUCACCAGAUAGACCUGAAGAUCACAAUGAUAUAGGCUCUUCCAGUCUCCCCUUGGUGUUCCAACAGCCCACUCAACCCAAGUACAGUUCCCAGAUGAUUGACCUCUGCAACUUUGGUUUUCAAUUCUACAGAACACUGGAGCAUUUUGGAGCCAAGCCCAUUAAGCAAGAACCAGUGAAGCCUAACAUGGCAUGGCCCAGUAGCCCAGCAUUCAUGCAGGCUCCUUACCCUUAUUAUCCUAAAGUCCACCCUGGCUUAAUGUUUCCCUUCAUUGUACCACCAAACUUUCAUUUCAGAAACCCUUUUCAAAUGAAAAGACCUCCAGAACCACCCUUCAGGAGGGCUGAAGUAAGAGAAAAUGGUGAAAACAAACAGAAAGUGGAAAGAGUAGAUGUCAACCUUCAGAUAGAUGACAGCUACUAUGUUGAUGUGGGGGGAGAACAGAAACGCUGGCAAUGUCCCAUGUGUGAGAAGUCCUACACAUCCAAGUACAAUUUAGUCACUCAUAUCUUGGGUCACAGCGGCAUUAAGCCACAUGCUUGCACCCGGUGUGGCAAGCUUUUCAAGCAGCUGAGCCACUUGCACACACAUAUGUUGACACACCAAGGCACUCGGCCACAUAAGUGCCAGGUGUGUCACAAGGCUUUCACUCAAACAAGUCACCUUAAGAGACACAUGAUGCAACACAGUGACAUCAAACCUUACAACUGCAGGAUCUGUGGCAGGGGUUUUGCCUACCCCAGUGAGCUGAAAGCACAUGAGUCUAAGCAUGAGAGUGGAAGAGAGAACAUUUGUGUCGAGUGUGGCCUGGACUUUCCAACUCUGGCCCAGCUGAAGAGACACCUAACCACCCACCGUGGCCCUAUACAGUACAAUUGCACUGAGUGUGAUAAGACCUUCCAGUACCCAAGUCAGCUGCAAAACCACAUGAUGAAGCACAAAGACAUCCGCCCAUACAUCUGUACAGAAUGCGGCAUGGAGUUUGUGCAGCCCCACCACCUGAAGCAACACUCCCUGACUCAUAAGGGUGUGAAAGAGCACAAAUGUGGAAUUUGCGGCCGGGAAUUUACCCUGCUGGCCAACAUGAAGCGACAUGUCCUGAUCCACACCAAUAUCAGAGCAUAUCAAUGCCAUUUGUGCUUCAAGAGCUUUGUGCAAAAGCAGACUCUCAAGGCCCACAUGAUUGUUCACUCUGAUGUCAAACCCUUUAAAUGCAAGCUGUGUGGAAAGGAGUUUAACAGAAUGCACAAUUUAAUGGGACACAUGCACUUGCACUCAGAUAGCAAGCCAUUUAAGUGCCUCUACUGCCCCAGCAAAUUCACCUUGAAGGGGAACCUAACCAGGCACAUGAAAGUCAAACAUGGGGUCAUGGAAAGAGGAUUUCAUUCUCAAGGUCUUGGAAGAGGAAGGAUUGCUCUGUCCCAGACAAAUGUCUUGAGAAGCUUGGAACAGGAAGAGCCAUUUGAUCUUUCCCAGAAAAGCCAAGGGAAGGGAGUCUCAUUUCAUUCUGAUGGUGAGAGUGCCAAGGGAAGCUCAUGCCAGGAAGAAGAGGAAGACAACUGCUAUGAGGCAGAGCGGUACAGCCCUGCCACGUACCAUGAUGAUGACAACAAGCUGUACAUGGCUCAAGAUCUCUCUGGCAAACCUGAGUGCAUGAUGAAGGACUUCAGAGAGUCCUACUGCAAGGAGAAGGAAGAGGUGUUAAGUGAGGGAGGACUGGGGAAGAGAAUAGGAAAUUCAGACAAAGAGGAGAGACAUGGAGAGGGAGAACUUGCAAACAACAAAGAACAUCUCAGCUUUCGAUCCUUUGAAAAGGCCAGACUUGAUCAGUCUCUCUCUGAUUACUUGUAUUUCAAGCACAGGAAUAAGAGUUUGAAAGAAUUGCUGGAAAGAAAAAUGGAAAAACAAACAAUGCUUAUAGGCAUUUAAAAUGGACAUCUUAAAACAGCUUGAAAAUGGUAACCAGAUAGAUUUUAACAUGAAUUGUAAGCUACUAAAGCCUGGAAGUCUGUAGUAUGUAGAAAUAAAUAAGCCAAAUUAUUAAAAAUAAUUUAGGGUAAAAGACAUACAUUACAAUAAUAAAGCAGCUUGAGGUCACCAAGAAUUGCAAUAGAUACUGAAAAAUAACACUUUUGUAUUUAUCCAUUUAAUGUAUAACAGACAAUGGGUUGGGUACAGAAGUUUACUUCCUAUUAUAUGGGGAUAGAUAAUUACAUGCAAUUUUCUACUUAGCAGAAAGCAACAUACUCUAGCAUCUGAUUUAUUAUCUGACUAAAUAUAUAUGAACGCUUCUAAUCAUAUGCCUCAAAAAUAUCUGAAAAUACAAAGUAUUUCACAUUAUAAGCCAGAGUAUUAUUAAACAUGGCAUGCAUGAAAAUGCUGUCAACAUUCAAAACUAACGCAGUCCAAAUACUUUGAUUUACUGAAGUGACUUUUAGUUCAACUACUUACAAUGAGAAACGGGAAACCAAUUAAUAAGAAAUAAUAUUGUCUUGGGAGGCAGUAAAUGACAGUUCUGUAAGAGUUUGAAAGGACUGGAAUUUAUUACAAAGGCUAGUCCUCUGGCAUGAGGAAUGUUUGUGCUUUGCUGUGUUUCAACCAGUAUGGGAGCAUUCAGAAAUUCUUGAAGUGAAAUAGCAUAGAUUGUAUUGACAUUUUGCUCUACUGCCUGCUUUGACCAAUACAUUUACAGGGCAGCAUCAGCAUGCAGCAUUCACAAUCUUGCCAUACUUACACAUAACACAGUCAUUUAAUAGAAAAAUUAAGCAGCUUUGCCAUUUAUUUCUUCAGUUUAUCAUGACUAGUAAGGAUAAUGUUGAAAUACACAGAUCUCAUAAAAGUUUGUUUCAGAAGGCAAAAAUCACCCUUAUAGAACAAGCAGUACCUCACAGAGGAAAACCUUCUUCUUAUUGGGAUCAAAAAUAUUCUCUUAUUAAACACAUCUUGAGCAGUAAGCUGCAGGCCUUUCAGACAAAUUUCACUCAUGCUGUUUUUGCAGAGUAAAACUCAGAUUUUCAUCCUCUGAUUCCCAAAAAUAAUAUGUUUAUAACAAACAUGGAAAAAGCAUAUCCAUUAAACUUCAUUAAUUGCAUGAAUACUUUGAACAAUGUAUCAGUUCCUGCAACUUCAAGAAAGAUGAAAAACAGCCAUGCACCAUCCUAUUAAUCACGAAAUUUGUCUUAUGUCCUUCAGACAUCCCAGCUCAAAAUAUAUAUGGUGCAUGUCUUCCAAAUAUUACUACCUUCUUCACUUACCUGCCAAGUUCUUGAUUUGAAGUCAUUGCAAUCAUGCUCUCUAUGUAGCAAGUUAUAAUUAAAUAUAGUUGUCUACUUAUGGCUUGCUAAGACAAGUAAUUUAGCUUCAGCUCUCUGCCCCUAUAAAAAAACACAUACCUUUCAAAUUAAUGAACUUCAUGCCUACCAGUUAAUCAGCAUUCACAGGGCAACGUCCUUAUUCCUCACAUAAAACUGGAUUUGUGUAGUCCAAGGCUGCAGGCAGUGCUUUCCUUUUUCAAGGCUCAAAUGUGGCAUAACACACGCAGAAAUUUAUGCAGAAAAAGCUGUUGAUAAAAGACAGAGUAACAUCCAGGUGAUUCUUCUAAAUUAACUCUAUGUCUGAUGUGUAUAUUUUUAAAAAUAAAAAUGUUAUGCCAAAUUGAACUGGAAGGUAGGUCACUUUCAGCCUAGAAUUUAAAAAGUCUUUGAAAGUGAGGUGUAUUUUAGAGGUACAUAGUCAUGUUUCUUCAGGGAUAAACUGUUCUAUCAUAAACAUUCCUCUUCCUUGCUUUAGCUGUAAGAUGAUGCCUAUUGAAAAAAAGAACCAUCUUUCUUUCAGGGUAGAUAUUGAGGACAAGCAAAAAAAUUAGAAAAUUUUUAGAGUAAUGAGUGUAAAUGUAUUCUUUCUUAGACUAUAGGGGAAAUGAUCAGGUAGAAAUUCAGCAUGGUCUAGUAGAUGGUCUGUCAGAAAUGGGAGCAACUCCUUCAGUUAUAUUCUUGGCUCUAGCUUGUCUCUGACAGACAAAAGCUCCCAUUUGAGCAUGUAUACAGCCAAAAGCUGUGAGUAGUUAAUUCUUAGAAUUCUCUCCCUCCUUGUGGUGUGGUUUCCAGCUGUGCACAGUUCAAGAUCAGUCGACUCAACCUUUUCAGAUAUAUUGGUUCCCAUGAUAAGAAGAACAAACAAGGAAUCAGGAAUCUCUUUGCAAUUUCCAGAAAAGUGAUCAUGCAGGUGGGUGGAAUUUAGAAAGUCCUUCACUCCUGUGGUGUAUAAAGCAGGAAAGUAUACAGCACUUCUAUUGCAAAGUCUUGUCUAUUAAUUGGAGAGUGCUAUAGGACAGCUAGACAAUCCUUACCAAGAAAGAAGCAAAAUAUUACAUAUCAUUUGCAGUCCAGACAAAUAGAGCAAAGGAGACAUUUUCAGCAGAGUUCCACUCCCAGCCACUAAUAUCAAUGAACGUAUUCUAUCUGGGCUUCAGCAAAGCCUCUGAUACUAUCUCCCAUGGCAUUCUCCUGGAAAAGCUGGCAGCUCAUGGCUUGGGCAGAUGAGCCCUUCACUUGGGUAAAAACCUGGCUGUAUGGCUGAGCUAGAGAGUGGUGGGUAAUAGAGUUAACUACAGUUGGCAGAGAGUCACCAGUGGUGUACCCCAGGGGUCAGUACUGGGCCUAGCCCUGUUUAAUAUCCUUAUUAAUCAUCUGGAUGAGGGGAUGGAGAGCCCCUUCAGUCAUUUUGCAGAUGACACCAAGCUGUGUGGGAGUGUUGAUCUGCUGGA